AUGCGUCGUAGCGACGCGAUUACCGCGCUCAAGUACACCGGCGUCGGCGCCUCGGGCUCGUACAACCAGAUCACUGAUCUGGUCGCGGGAGAGUGGCCCUCUUGCACGAUCACCGACUUCUGUGUGGGGUCCACGAAAGCAGUCAGCGGCGCUCUCGCUCCUUUCGAUGACGAAGUGACGAUGGCCUUCCGCGGUCCCAUGAACAUCUACAACGUCGCUGUUUAUCAGCCUUCCAACCAGUCCGCGUCCACCUGGAGCCAGGUCAGCUCUUGGGCUUCUGGCGGUGACGCCAACAACCUCGUCUUCAUGAACAACAAUGGAGGAGACGGGAGCGGUGUCUGGUCCGUCUGUGGUGGAAGCAGCCAGUCGUACGCGAACAGCACCUGGGAUGGUGCGGCUGCCUCUGCCGAAGGAACCCCAUCUGGCUCUCUCGCUGACGGAGAAGAGAUCAACAUCAUGACCUCCACGACCUGUGAAGAACUUGAGUGCGACGGCUUCUCCCGCGGCACCUCCAACCACGGUUGGACCGGCUCCAAGAUGAUCGUCAUGACCUUCGACAUGCCCGACUCGGACGGCGCGAACAUCCCCGCCAUCUGGGCGCUCAAUGCGCAGGUCGUGCGCGCCGCGCAGUACGGCUGCAACUGCCGUGGCGAGGGAGGCGACGGCGGCUGCGGUGAACUCGACGUGCUCGAGGUGCUCGCCAACUCGGACACGACUCAGGCCAUCUCCGAGAUCUACUCCUUCAAGGGAGCGACGGGCACAGGCAGCGCCGAGUACUUUGCGCGCCCGACUUCGUCCUCCGCUACGUGGGCUGUCAUCUUCGACGUGGAGACCGACGCGAUCACGAUCACCGAGCUCACCGAAUGGGAUUAUACCACGACCGCGAUCACGCGGAGUCUCGUCAGCGGCUACCUCGAUGCGUCUGGCACGACCGUCUCGUUCAGCUCCAGCUCACGCAGGGCAGACCACCACCGCCGCUCCAUCUUUGGCGCCCACCGCCGCAGCCACCACCACUAA